AAGACGCUUCAUGACGUCACUGCCACGCGACUCGGUAACGCGCGUGUUUGGGCGAUAGCACAAAUUCUUGGUCGCCGCGUGGACGCUGUCAGUGAACCCGCAAAAUGGGCGACAGCAGCCGGCCGUGCACCGUGUGGCUCGGUUCGGAGACGGGUAUCCUGAAGGGCGUCAGCGUGUCUCGCAGACAAGCCCUCAACUUCUGUCACAGCUCGCAGUUGAGCCGCCAGCACGAGGUCCGGACGCUGUGUUGGGCCGACGCGGCCGAGAGCGAGCUUCUGGUCGGUGGCGUGGACGGAACCGUCAAGACUUUCAGCGUGGAGAAGGGAACCUUCACCGACGUGCGACAAUGCGGCGACCCCUCCGACGGCUCCUUCGUCGGCCUCGCUACGCUAGAUGGCGGCGCCGCACUCGUGACGUGCCUGGGGGGAGGCGUGCUCCGUGUCUGGAGGGACGAGAGCGGCGAGCCGGCCGCGGAGAUCCGCGUGGGAAACGACAUAGCCCGGAUGAGGCAGAACCCGGAGCACAGGCACAAGGUGGCGACCGGCGGUAAAGAAAAUUGUCUUAAGGUGUGGGACCUGGAGAAGCCCGACAAACCCGUGUUCACCGCAAGGAACCUGCGGAACGAUUGGCUCAAUCUACGGCAGCCGCACUGGGUCAAGGACAUGGCUUUCAUACCAGGAUCCGACAAGGUGGUUACCUGCACGGGAUACCACCAGGUCCACGUGUACGACCCCUCCACACCCCAGCGUCGGCCCGUGCUGGAGGCAACCUACGGGGAGUACCCGCUGACCACGUUGUCACUUCCCGCUGCAGGUGGCUCGGUAGUGGUGGGCAACACGCACGGGCAGAUUGCCGUCCUGGACUUGCGGAAAGGUCUGGUGCGGGGGUGCUUCAAGGGCUUGUCGGGCGGAGUCCGGGGCCUGCAGUGCCACGCGUCACAACCAGUGGUGGCAUCCUGCGGCCUGGACCGCUUCCUGCGUAUCCACAGCCUAGAGGACCGGCGCUUGCAGCAUAAGGUUUACCUCAAAUCCCGCCUCAACUGCCUGCUGCUCGCCAGCAGACCCUUGGAGGAGGCUGGGGACGACCUUGGGGACGACUGCCUGGAGGUAAAGGAGGAGGAUGACGAGGUGGACGAGGUGUGGGAUGCCAUGGAACAGGUAGAGGAGGGGGAAGAGAAUCCCAAGAGGAAAAUGUCAGAGGAAACAUCCGUAGAGCAAGAGAAUUCCAAAAAUGGAAUAUUGAAAGAAGGUGAAAAUUUCAUUAAUGAAAUAACUGAUGGUCAAGAAGAGAAAACACCGGAGAGCGAAGAGAGGGAGCCGCCGAAAAAACAGAAGAGGAGAAAGAAAGCUAAAGCAUGAGAGGCGUUCAUGGUAACAUUAAUGCCUGGGACUUUUGACAUACAGUACAUUUACUUAUUUUUGUCAGUUUCACACCUAUUAAAACUACUUUUUGAUUGUAUUCAAGCGUCUCUAGCUGCUUUGCUGUUGUAUAUUGAAAAAUUCACAAAAGGUCAGAUUAACUGACAUCCAUUAUGAGGCUCUUUUCAUCCUUCUGUUCUGAAUUUAGUUUGUCAUUAAUAAUGUCCAAUCCCAGGUUCUCUGCAGGUUACAACAAGCCAAAUUUAAGACUUUUUUUUUUUUUUUUUUAAGACCCAUUGCUCA